CUGCGUGAUGAUGCAAAAGCCACUGCUCCUUAUUUCAGUGCGCUCCCACGUUGAUAACGUGAAGAUGGGAGAAUAACGAGCGAGCUUAAACGCAAUCAGAAGAAUGGAUUAAUAAACGUGAUUUGCAAUGUUUUGCCUUGAUAGUGUAAUGUAGCCUGGGACGCACUUAGAGGAGUUAAUACAUUUGGCCAAACCUCGUAAAGAUGACUUUCUACAGGUAUAUUUAUUGGAAACACAUCGCUGAGCUGUGAUUCACCUCGGGGUUUUCAAAUAUCUUGAAUUACGUCUCCUAAGGAAAGCGGGUGAAACUAACUGUGCAUGGAGUUCUGUGAGUCAUUCAUUUGUCUUACACGUACAGUAAGCUAUACGCUUUUCUUUUGCAGAGAAGAGGAUAGAGAAAAGAGAGCUUGUUUCCAUUUUCGUUAAGUGUCUGCGUGCGAAUUUUUAUUUUUCUGGGAGAUAAUUGUGUGAUGAUAAGGACUAUAGAUCUACGGAGACCCAGCAGGCAUAUCGUCACGGACACGCCAGACCUGUAUCUGCGCUCAUGUGAAGUUGGGCUCGGCAAAAAGAAUGUCACCCAGUUCUGCUGGAUCUAAAAUAAAAGCUUUUUCCUCUGAUAGUUUUAAUCAAACCCCAUUUACUUUUACUGUGAACAGGCUUAUAGGUUGUGCUUUCGAUGCUUUGAAUAGCCUAGUCAUAUGGCCUACAUAUUUUUGUGAUACUGGGACCCAGAGUAGUCUACAUUUGAUUGAUGUUAACCAAGACAUAAUUGAUGUAAAUUGCCUUGUUUAUUUAAGCGACUAGAAUCUUCAUGAGAGUAAGUUUAUUAUGUUUUACUAGUAAACAAGCUACGCAGAGCACUCCGGGCUGUCAAACGAUGGGCGCAGUUUGCCGAGAGCAUCUUGAUUUUUUCAUGCAGCUUGUUGAAUCUCCUCCUUGGUAAUGGGAAUGGGCUUGUAUUGACAAAGUUUACUGCCAUUUGCGUCGUAACAUUGCAGACUUUCCUUAGCACUAACUCAUCUGCCGGAGCGUCAUGGCUCGCAACGAUUUUAGAAUGAAACAAAACCCUCGCAUUCUAUGGAUAGUAUUGUGUUUGACGAGAAUGUUGGUUGAUUUCGCGCUGUCGCAGGAGGUUUAUGCACCCCAUUCUAUCCGGAUUGAGGGACAUUUGACCCUAGGUGGCCUCUUCCCCGUGCACACCAGAGGGGCUGAUGGCAUGCCUUGUGGAGAUAUCAAAAAGGAGAACGGGAUCCAUCGGCUGGAGGCCAUGCUGUAUGCACUGGAUCAAAUUAACCUCGACGAUCAACUUUUACCCAACAUCACCCUGGGCGCCCGGGUGCUAGACACUUGUUCAAGAGACACGUAUGCGCUUGAACAAUCAUUAACUUUCGUUCAGGCGUUGAUACAGAAAGACAUUUCAGAUGUGAGGUGCACCAACGGAGAACCGCCCGUGUUCGUCAAGCCAGAGAAAGUGGUAGGAGUCAUUGGUGCGUCGGCAAGUUCUGUAUCGAUUAUGGUUGCCAACAUUUUGCGCCUCUUUCAGAUCCCCCAGAUAAGCUACGCCUCCACGGCUCCGGAGCUGAGCGAUGACCGGCGCUACGACUUCUUCUCCCGGGUGGUCCCUCCAGACUCCUUCCAGGCCCAGGCCAUGGUGGACAUCAUCAGGGAACUGGGCUGGACCUAUGUCUCCACCGUGGCCUCGGAGGGUAGUUACGGGGAAAAGGGCGUGGAGGCCUUUCAACAGAUCUCCAAGGAGGCUGGUGGGAUUUGCAUCGCACAGUCUUUGAAAAUUCCCCACAACCCAAGGCUGGAGGACUAUGACAAAGCCAUCCAACAGCUGCUGGAAACACACCGCUCCCGGGCCAUCAUCAUCUUCGCCAGUGAAGAAGACAUACGGGGAGUUCUCAAUGCCACCAAGAGAGCCAAUCAGGUGGGCCAUUUCCUGUGGAUUGGAUCGGACAGUUGGGGCACGAAGAGCAGCCCGAUAAACCAGUUAGAAGAGGUGGCUGUAGGAGCGCUCACAAUAUUGCCCAAGCGCCUGCCUAUUAGAGGGUUUGAUGACUACUUCAUCUCGCUCACUCUGGAGAAUAAUCGCAGGAACGUGUGGUUUGCUGAGUUCUGGGAGGAAAACUUUGACUGCAGGCUUCUCAGCUCUUCCAAACGAGAGGACACCAGCAGGAAAUGCACAGGCCAGGAGCGGAUCGGGAUUGACUCCAAGUACGAGCAGGAGGGGAAAGUGCAGUUCGUCAUAGACGCUGUGUACGCCAUGGCUCACGCGCUUCACAACAUGCAGAGGGACCUAUGUCCAGAGCACUCGGGCAUCUGUCCUGUGAUGGAGGCAGCCGACGGGAAGACCCUCCUCAAGUACAUACGCAAUGCCAGCUUCAACGGUAGUGCAAUGACGUCGGUUCUGUUUAAUAAAAACGGUGACGCCCCGGGACGCUAUGACCUGUUCCAGUUUCAGAUGACCAACUCCAGUGUUCCUAGGUACCGGCCGAUUGGUCAGUGGGUGGAGUCACUUCAGCUCAAGUUGGAGGAACUGCAGUGGCCUGAGGGGGAGCAGGAGGUACCGACCUCCGUGUGCAGCCGUCCCUGUAAGACCGGCCAUAGGAAGAAGAGGGUGAAGGGCGUGCCAUGCUGUUGGCACUGCGAGCCGUGCGACGGCUACCAGUACCAGUACGACGAGACGUCGUGCCGCCUGUGCCCCUAUGACAUGAGGCCCGACGCCAACGGCACGGCCUGCCAGCCCAUCCCCAUCGUCAAGCUGGAGUGGCACUCCCCCUGGGCCGUCAUCCCCGUCUUCCUCGCCAUGCUGGGUAUCAUUGCCACCAUCUUCGUCAUGGCCACGUUUGUCCGCUACAACGACACACCCAUCGUGCGGGCGUCGGGCCGCGAGCUCAGCUACGUGCUGCUGACGGGCAUCUUCCUGUGUUACAUCAUCACCUUCCUGAUGAUCGCCAAGCCAGACGUGGGCGUGUGCUCCUUCCGGAGGAUCUUCCUGGGUCUAGGGAUGUGCAUCAGCUACGCCGCGCUGCUCACCAAGACCAACCGCAUCUACCGGAUCUUCGAACAGGGCAAGCAGACAGUGACCGCCCCGCGUUUCAUCAGCCCCACCUCCCAGAUCGCCAUCACCUCCUCCCUCAUCUGCCUGCAGCUGCUGGGCGUGCUCAUCUGGUUUGCCGUAGACCCGCCCAACACCAUCAUCGACUACGACGAGCAGAAAACCAUGAACCCCAGGCUGGCACGCGGCGUGCUGAAGUGCGACAUCACGGACCUGCAGAUGAUCUGUUCGCUGGGCUACAGCAUCCUGCUGAUGGUCACCUGCACCAUCUACGCCAUCAAGACCCGGGACGUGCCGGAGGACUUCAACGAGGCCAAGCCCAUCGGCUUCACCAUGUACACCACCUGCAUCGUUUGGCUGGCCUUCAUCCCCAUCUUCUUUGGCACGGCCCAGUCUGCAGAAAAGCUGUACAUCCAGACGACCACCCUCUGCAUCUCGAUGAACCUCAGUGCCUCCGUCGCUCUGGGGAUGCUCUACAUGCCUAAGGUCUACGUCAUCAUAUUCCACCCGGAGCUCAACGUGCAGAAGAGGAAGAGAAGCUUCAAGGCCGUGGUCACCGCCGCCACCAUGUCCUCCCGUCUCUCCGCCAAGCCCAGCGAGAGGCCCAAUGGGGAGGCCAAGACCGAGCUGUGCGAGAACCCGCCCGCCGCGCCCGCCGACCCCAUGAGUCAAGCUACGAAGAAAACGUAUGUGAGUUACAACAACCUCAGGAUCUGAGAGGCUCCCAGGGAACGCUGCGUGUCUUUACUCUGUGAUUAUGACCAAGACGGGGGACAACGAAACAAAGAGGAAGUCCGGGACAGGGACAGGCUGCCUAGAUAGCGUUAUCUACCUAUGCAAUCCGGGACUGUGGUUGGUGUCAACCUUUCUCAUUUUCUUGUCUUCUGAAGAGGAGCGCGGCAGGGUUGGAGCUGGGUAUUUGGCAUGAGGAGAGAAGGAUGAAGAGACAAACCUUGUCGUAGGUUGGUGACUUGGCCCGGAUCCCUUCUGUUCAAAUGUGUUCUAGAGCCGCACCGGCUCAGAUUUUUAGAAGCUCUCUACAAUGUGAUCUCUCUGCAACAGUCAGUGAUGUGAACAACCUCUGUGAUAAUCAGUCGCAAAGAGAAGGGGGGAAAAGUCUGGACAGUUUAUUUCCACAGUUUUCAAAAUAUUUUUUGUAAUUUCCAUUAAAGCCAUAUUCUCUUGCAGUGCCCAUGUUUGUAUUUUAAGUUAAGUGAGGUUUCUUCUGAUUUACUGUGCCUGAUCUUACAUUUCUUCAGACAUAAUAGUGUUGAAUUUGGACCUUGAUAGAUUUACCUAGAGUAGCGAGCUCCGCCACGUUUUCUUUUAUGAAAUCUAGCCAAAUCAGUCAUUUUAACACAAAUAAUUAUGUCAAUGUGACGGCCAAUGUAUCUAUAUAUUUUCUUUUUAUAUCUGAGAGUAUUUUCAUGUUUGGAUUACAACAUAAAAGUCAGUUUGAAUGGCUUGGGAUGGUAAUGAAAAAGCAGCACAAUAGGUUCACAUUGCAUGUGCCAAUGUAUGUUUGUUCGAUUUUGGUGUAAAAAGAAAAAAAAUAUUAAAAAAAGAGAUUCUUAAAAUGACGCUGAUCUUAAGCAAAAGGUGUCAAUUUUGUUCCACAGAGGGCCCAGAGUCAUCUGGUUUUAGUUUCUUUCAAUUGUCCAAUUAAAUCCUAGACAAACAGGUGAGAGGAGUUCCUAUCUAAUCAUGUAACAUUUUCGGUUGCUCUAUCAUUCGCUGUGAUUCCCUCCUUGCAGUUGUUUAGGUGACAUCAAAAUGAUGGAUGCUGUGCAAAAUAAAUUAUUCAUAGAUAGGAUCACCUCUAGCCAAUCAUAUGAUCCAAUCCAUUGACACAUUUUCUAAAUGUCACUUGACCCACGUGUGUUCUGGCUCUGGCCCCACCCAUCGGUUUUUGGGGCCAAUCAGAAGGGACCUAUCGGUUUCUGGGACCAAUCAGAAAGUUCAGAUAGUUUUUUCUAUCUAUAAAUCAUUGUGGAGAUCAGAUUCAAGCUCCUUUAGUCGAAGACAAUGAUAUCUGUCUAACGUUGGACUGGAGCAAAUAGUUUGAGUGGUCAGACAAGCAAAAUCUGCAGGUACUCGGCCCUCUGAGGAAUGAUUUUGACACCUGUGAUCUCUAGCAUAAUUCUGCAGUUUAUUCAUUUAUUUUAAAGAAAUUACUUGAUUUGUAACAGAAUAGGGCUUUGAUCUGUCAUUAAAAUUGACCCCUCUGCAUCUCCAAGCAUGUUUGUUUUAUAUAGUUUUCGUACAGAGUACAUUAUGCUUAAUUAUCAAUGGUGUGAAAAAACAUGAAUAUCAAAAAAAAAACAUGACUAUAAAAAACAUGCAGGUAAAGUAUGUUGUGAUGUUGUCUGUCCAAUUAUCAACAUGUAAUUAAAUAAUUUUGUUAUCUUUUAUACAAUUAAAGAAGGCAGAACCUAAUCAUUAAA